AUGUCCCAGGCUAAGGAAAGUUUGAUUGGCAUUAACCACGGGAAACUACUGGAAUACACUACAUCCAUCCAAACUUUGAGUAAAGAUCUGCUUCAUCACCUACUUAGUGAUGGUAUUACAAAACAAACAUUGUACACUUUCAGUGAUAGUUUGAAGUGGAAAGACAUUAUAAAUAAUACCCAGAAGAUCAAAGAUACACACGAAAACUCUGAUCAAGGUUUUGAUUGCAAUAAAGUACAGGUAAGGCAAGCUAGAAUGAAGAAUAUGAAUAGCUGUACACGUUAUGCCAAAUGUACCAUUUGCAAGAAAAGUAUUCUAAAACUAACAAUGAAUAAACAAAAGAAUAGAAAUAAAUAUGAGUGUGAUAUUAAGAUUUUGAAUCCCAAGUGUGACAGAGUAAGAGUAAAAGAUAGUUUACCCCCAUCAUCACCACCAGAGGAAGAGUCGGAUGACAGCUUACAAGGUAAUCAAGAGUAUGAGAUGAGAUUUAGAACAAUGGCUAGGAAAACUACAUUACAUGCAGUUCCAAUUGAGCGUCUUGAAAACUCAAUGACAAUACUUGACGAUUUAAAGAGAAAAUAUAAAGACGAACCACUAUUUGAUGGCUUAUUUAUACAGCUUGAAAAGGAUUUGGAAGAAGCUGAAGAUUGUCGAAGUGAUGUGACAGUUAAAGACUAUGAUACAACGACAGUUAUAAGUGAAUAA